ACCAAAGACAAUCAAAGAUGUUUGAGUUUCCAUGCGCAGUGACCAGGGAGGCAAAGCGCAGAGCAUUAUUACCCCUCCUCCAGCUCCGACCGCUCCGGCCUCCACACUGCGGAGGGUUUCUAAUCACAUUUGAUCAGAGGAAUCGUUUCUAUUAAAGAAAAAAGAAAGAAAGAAAGAAAGAAAGAAACAGGUCAUGCGAUGCGAUUUAUUUCUGCCGGAGGACAGAAGGAAAAACUAGACACGACCUGUUGGCGAUGAUGGAUUACUCCAAGGCACAAAUGUCAGAGGAGAGCAGUUCUGCCGGGUUUCCCCAGUCCAGCCCUGCUGGGGUGAAGCUGGAGGCGAUGAUGGAGCAGCUGCAGAGACAACAAGGGGCCAAAUUGGAGAUGAACCUACAAGACAAACACCUUCUUCAAGCCAAGCUCCUGUUUGCUCAACACGCUGCUGCAGCGAGAGCUUCUGGCUCCAGACUAGACUCUGUGUUAUUUGGCAAAGCAGAUGGACAGACUUAUCAAGCAGUUCAACAAGCUCUGAACAGCCAUCCGAGCAGAACAGACGCAGAGGAAGAAGAUGAAGACUCGGACGAGGAGGAACAGGACAUGAUGGAGCCUGAAGAGAACGAUGAAGUGGAGGAAGAGGAUGAUGAGAACGGGCCUUAUCAGCAGCAGCUGAAGAAGCCUGGACUCCAGCAGGUUCCAGGCUUCUCUUUCUCUCCGUACGCCGCAGCUCAGUCGGCUGCUGUUAAGCAACUGUCUGCGUCUCCACCUUCAGCGAUAAAACAGGAGCCUGAGGAGAAGGAGCUGUUGUCUCCUGCUGGCCAACACGCCUUCACAUCAUCCAAUGGGUUCACUGACUGGGGCUUCGAUGAGCCGUUUAAACAAAGAGGAAGUGCCAUCUGGGCCGAGGACAACGAUGGAGGAAAACUAAGAGGGGAACCAUCCAGGGAUUUUGCAAAGCUUUAUGAACUGGAUAAUGACCCACAACGGAAGGAGUUUCUCGAUCAACUGUUUGUCUUCAUGCAGAAACGAGGAACCCCUGUGAACCGCAUCCCCAUCAUGGCGAAGCAGGUGCUGGACCUGUACAGGCUUUAUAAGCUAGUGACAGAGAAGGGAGGCCUGGUGGAGGUUAUUAACAAGAAGAUCUGGAGGGAGAUUACAAGAGGUCUCAACCUCCCCACAUCCAUCACCAGCGCAGCCUUCACCCUCCGCACCCAAUAUAUGAAGUACUUGUACGCAUUUGAGUGUGAGAAGAAGGGGCUGAGUUCUCCAGGUGAGCUGCAGGCUGCCAUCGACAGUAACCGCAGAGAGGGUCGACGUCCCAGCUACACCAACAGCCUGUAUCGCUACUCUCCCUCCCCAAGCUCUGCUCCACAUGCGCUCCUCUCUUCACCCACGAUGCAAACCACCCCGACCGGACACAACGGCCUGAAUCAAUCUGGUAGCCCAAAUUUAAAGAGAAACACAGAUGAGACCUCCACCCCUGUGAUACCCAGCCGGCUGCCCAUGGCCCUGGCUCUGGGGCAGCAGCAGCAGUUGACACAAGCUGCCACGUUGGAGCAUCUCCGAGAGAGGCUGGAGCGUGGAGCAGGAGGUGCAGCAGCUGACGGUCCAGAGAAGAAAAUGAUGCGGCUCGCAGAGGAGCAGCAGCGCCUCAUGCAGCAGGCCCUCCAACAAAACCUCCUGGCCAUGGCCUCUCACUUCAACCCCUUGAACCUCAAACUAAACAAUGGACAUGAAAGCAAACAGGAUUUGUCUCUGAGUAUCUCCACUAAUGGAGCAGCCAGUAUCAGUGUGUCUGUGGAAGUAAAUGGUACCCUUUACUCAGGAACGCUGUUUGCCCAGAAGUCAGCUGCUCCAGUGGUGUCGCAGGCCGUAACUAUGGCGGGAACAAGUGGCUUCAGUGCCCUCUCCUCCUCUCACAGUCCUGCCUCUUCAUCCUCCACCUCCUCGAAGGGACCAAAUUAAGGCUCACAGUUUUUUUUUUUGUUUGUUUUUUUUUUUGAUCUGUCCAUAGCAAAAUAAUUGAGUGAUAUGCAUGCAGUAUCUCUCUUGUCAGACAAGAACUGUAUAAACUCUAACUAUAUUGAUGUCUACAUUUGACCUCCUGUUUGUUCACUCAAGCAGCACCAUCUCUUGAAAAACUGCAACAGAUUGAGAAGUUUUCUACCAUUGAUAUUCCAUCACUUUGACUGUGUAAUCUGCUUUAAACGAGUCUUGUCAAGACAACAAAGUGUGACCUCAAAAGGCUUCCAAAUGUAAAUCCAGUUAACCUUAGUGCCUGUUAAAAGCUUUUUUGAAUUGUAGUGACAGUCAUUCUAAAAGGCUUUAUAAGGUUUAUUCAGAAGUGUCUUUAGAGCA